AUGUUAGCCAAACAUAUGCACGAAUUGUCGUAAUUUGUAGUAGCUGUUUGCAACCUGUACAAGCGAUAUAACUGACCGUGAGAAUGGUGAGAUAACCCUUCCACUGAAUUGUGUGUAACCAGGCAGCAGAUAGCCAUGGCAAUUAUACCUAUCGCAGCGGAUUGGGUAUAAGCUUGUCAGGUGUCUUGGUUACCGGUAGCGAGUCCUGAAUGCUAUCCGCCGGGCCAGGACGCCCUAGCCCGGCACUUACUCCGUAUGGCGGGACGCUGGUGCCGAAUUCGAGCUGUUAUUUAGCGUUUAAGGCGACAGCUUCCGUUUCAUGGCGACGAGCUGCCAGCCGCCCAAUUCUGGAAUCUGCUUGCAGCGGGCCUUCAUUGCCGUCGCAUCGCAGAUCCAAUCAACGGAUACCAACCCUAGCCUACGAAGGCGCUCGCCAGCCUGGGCCUCAGGACGACGAAUGCGAUCACUCUAGCCAUCCUGCCUCGCACCAUCCGCAUGCCGAGCCAUGCGAUGGUAGCAGCCGGCCCAACCAAGGCGCUCACGCGGAUGCGCCGCCGCAGCAGCGUGACUCGGACAUUGUUCCAGUCAAUGGAAGCAGCCCAACAGCAGCGGAGGCAGAGUCUGCAGUUUCCCUUCCUCUACCUGACUUGCAGUCCGCCCAAACGAAAACAGAUACCGGGCAGCCUUCGCUGCUUCACCCUGGGUUGGAACCUGCAGCCGAAAGCGAGGCGGGGGCUGCUGACGGCCUGAGAGGGGGGCCCACUCCUGCCCUGCCGGCGCCAGAUGCAGCUGCCGAACACCAACAACAACAACAACACCAAGCGGAGCACCUCCACCACCACCGCCCACAACAGCACCCGCAGCCCAGCACGGAUCCCGCCGGCCAUGCGGGGCCUGCAGCGGCAGGGACGGGGGCUGCUGCUGCCCCGGUUCCUCCCGGGUCCGAGGGGAGCGAGGGGAGCGGGGGGCUGCAUGCGGCCCCCCAGGCGCCCCCCCUCUCGCCGCUGCCCAGCCUGCCCCCGCUGCGACUGGGCUUCCUGGACCUGGGCAAGCUGCAGCUGCAGCAGGACUCCUCCGGCCUGCCGCCGCCUCCCUCAGCCGCCAAGGAAGCAGCGGAGGGGCCCCGCGCCGGCCGCCCCCGGCCCCCUGCUGCGGCCUCUGGGGCCUCCCCCCCUCCUUCCCCUCCUUCCUCUUCCCGGCGGCAGCCGCCUCGGGGGCAGCAGCGGCGGGGCGGCUCCCUGUCUCCCGAGGAGGAGAGCAGGCUACGUGACCAGCGCAUUCGCGUGCUGGUGUUGUCCGCACGCACGCUGGCGGAGCUGCAGGCGCUGUGCAGUCGCCACCUGGCCGCCAUGUCCGCACCCACCGCCGCGGUGGCACUGGCGCGACUGGUGCAGCGGGCGGCGGCAGCGCAGCGGCUCAGCAUCAGGGCAGGCGCAGGGAAGGCAGCGGAGGCAGGAGGGGGAGGCGGAGGGGGAGGCGGAGGGGGAGGAGGAAGAGGAGGGGCAGCCGCAGCAGUGGUGGGAAGCGGAAAGGUGGCAGCAAAGGCGGGAGGCGCGCCCGCCGCUUCCGCCUCCCCCUCCCCCUCCCAGGACUCCUCCCCCUCCGAUCGUGUCCCCCGCAGCUCCCUGCGCCUCAUGCGCCGCAUGCUGCACCACAUCGCCCGGGCCAUGGCGCCAAGCAGCCAGGCGGGCAGCAGCGGCAGCGGCAGCGGUGCCAAUACGGGUGCCGGCAGCAGCAGCCGCGCCGGGAGCGCCGGCAGCCGCGCAGCAGCAGCAGCAGCAGGCGGGCUGCUCCCGGCGCCUCCCCCCUCGCGCUUCACCCCGCCCGAGCACCGCGUGCGGGUGGUGGGGCUGGUGCUGUCGUCACUGCUGCGGGCGGGGCUGCAGCCGGCGCGGGAGGACAUGCGGGCCAUGCAUGCGCUGCUGCAGGCGGCAAGGCCCGACCUGUUCCUCUCCUCCCCGCUCCAGCUGGCCCGCCUGGCCUCCUGCCUGCCCCCGCUGUCGCUGCGCCCGCCCGCCCCCUGGCUGGAGCACCUGCUCAAUGUGGGGCGCAGCAAGAUGUACUGCGCGGACGCGGGGCAGCUGGCGGCGCUGGUGUGGACAUGCGCGCGAAUGAGACACCACCCGGGUGAGCUGUGGCUGCACUGCCUGGCUGACCGGCUGCAGCGCGGGGGCCUGCUGGCCGCCGCCUCCCCGGGGCAGCUCUGCCAGCUGCUGUGGUCGCUGCGGCGACUGGACUUCAGCCCCGACCCCGCCUGGCGGGCGGAGGCGGCGGAGGCGGUGGCGGCGGCAGCGGAGGCGGCGUUAAGAGAGCUGGGGGGAG